UUAGCGCGUUUUAUGGUUGUUGACAUUUGUCCUGUAGACGCUGUCCAUGUUAGGUGGAAAUGUAAGACAGUUGACCGGGUUUAUUUUGUAUUUGCCACUGCCAGUGUCUCUUAUACCUUGAGUCUACAUAGGCUACCAGAGAGAUGAUGAGCCGAAAGACGAAACCCCAGCAGAAUGGCAAGCAGGGAGGAAAGCUCCCGGAUGUUGACGGUCCAGUUUUUGGAGAAUCUUGCCCUGACCUAUCCUCAAUUGAGAGGGACAGCAUCUUCCAGAUUGACCCAUCCAAUUCCGAUGGGAACCCACUCCACAGCACUGCCUUGGAGGAUGACUUUAGCCCCUUUGUGCCCCGGAAAAAGUUGACGCCGGCGAGGGGACAGGAUGCACGGACCCCAGCCGGUAGGAUGGACACUCCACACCGCCCUACAGGCGCUGCCAGAAGACCGAGCGCCGGCAAAGGGGGCAAGAGCAUGGAAAAGGCCAAAGGCAGACAGGGAAAAGGCAUGGAGAAACAGCCAACAAUCCCUGUCUUCAAAACCCCCUUUGCACCAGCUAAAGUCACUCUGGGGCAAAUGAGGAAGAUUUCCGAGGAAAGUGGGAAUCCAAGGUCCUCUGUGUCGGGUGCGUCUGCGUCCCAGGUCCCAGCUGCAGCUUCAGAGGAUGUGGACGACUCCUCAGAAAUGGAGACAGAGAGCGAGGAGGCGACUAGUGGAGGUGUCAGUAGCAGUACCAGCCAGGCUUCCAGGAGGAAGAGCCUGCCUGUUUUCCCCUCCAGGCAAGAGGCUGGGGAGGGCACCAGCACGCAACCCCACAGCAACCCCCCUCACGCCUUGAGACCAUCUCAAGGCCCAGCAGCCCCAAUACAACCGCAGCCAAGGAAGUCCCGGGGCAGAGUGUCCAGUGGCAGAGUACGGCUGCUGCAGAAGAUCGCAGAGGAGAAUGAGUCACAGCCGAGGACCUCCGAGUCUAGUGAUGAGCCAGAGACUGCGAGUGACGACAGUGGCAGUAGCGCCCCUCCUGGCAAGAGGAGGAACCGCAGGUCCCCUCAGGAGAGCCAGGAAUCCGGCACUCAGUCGUCAAACCAGCAUGCAGGAGGAAAAAAGAGGGCCAGGAAGUCUACAUCCAGCUCCUCCUCAGAUGCUGGUGCCAAGUCUAGGAGGAAGAAGGGGGCUUUGAGAAACCCAAUUGACCUUGAAGUUAUUUUGGAGCACUUUCUCGACUUUGUUGAGAAGUACAAGGAAACGGUGGACUCCAUUGCUGUUCAAAAGGCGAUCGAUUACAUGUCCGAAUCUUUUGUGGAGCAGAUGACUGAAGCGAUCACAGCAGCCAAGGAUCUUAACAGCGUUAAAAAGAAAAACAUGAAGUUGAAUACUGCCAUUAACAGGAAACGCUCAAGCCUGCUGGACGCCAAAUACGAGUUGCUAAAGAGUGAGGCUGCGGUGCAUGCGCUGCAGAAGGAGCAUGGUGAGUUGCAGCAGAGGCUAACAGACAUGACCAACGGCAUGACCCUACUGAGGGACCUCACCGACCUGCACACCAAGUACGCCGCCCACUGUGAUGCCCACCCAGACCUGCCACCCACGUACGGCCCGACCAGUUUACCUGCGUUGCUCCUGGAGGCCAGGUGCAUGAUGGGAGCAGAGCACCAGCUGAAAGCAGUCAACGCAAAGCUUCAGAAAGUUCUGGAUGAUGUGAACCGGGAGUGAGAUAGCUGUGAAGACAUGGUCCAUAUACAAGGUCCAGCACUUGACCUUCCCCACUCAAAUUGUCUCUGUCAGUGGUGCAUGCCAUUGUGUAAAAAAAAAAGAUGAUCAUAGUUUCUAUUAUGUGUGGUUUAGUUAGUCAUUUUAUUAAAAUGUAUAAUGUAUAAUAGUCUCACUUAAUACCAUGUUUGUACACAUAUUUCUAAAAUUAUUUAAAAUAAACACAUUCUGGAUUCUGUACACUCCAGCCA